CGUGUGGUGGACUGGUGAUGCGUCCAAUGGCCUGGGAGGUAGUAACAGACUGUCCGUUGUGCGGUGGUGAACACACUGGAUGGGACAGGACAGCGCUACAUGGGGGACCAGGCGACAACGGCUGGUACCACCACUCCUACACCCCGGAGAGACAAACCCGCUCUCUGGACAAAUCUCUAGGGCUUUACGACGCUCCACUAUUUGGGAAUUGAGUUUAUGAAAUAACCGAGCUGAGCAUGAACACAUCGCGUUUGAGUGUCUCCUCCUCUGAGCAUGGACUGACCAAAUCCCUCUCCGGAUGAUUUGAUGGGGCUGCUCAGAGUCAUGAUGCCGCCCAAGUUGCAGCUGCUGGCGCUGCUGGCGUUCGCAGUGGCCAUGUUCUUCCUGGAGAACCAGAUCCAGAAGCUGGAGGAGUCCCGGGGAAAGCUCGAACGAGCCAUCGCCAGACACGAGGUACGAGAGAUCGAGCAGCGGCACACGCAGGACGGCCAGCGGGAACGGGACUCAUCGGCCUCAUCGCUGUCCGAGAGCGACGACGACUUGGUCAUCAUCUACAACCGCGUACCCAAGACGGCCAGCACCUCUUUUACCAACAUCGCCUACGACCUGUGCGGGAAGAACCACUACCACGUCCUGCACAUCAAUACCACCAAGAACAACCCGGUCAUGUCCAUACAGGACCAGGUGCGGUUUGUAAAGAAUGUGACUGAGUGGAGAGAAAUGAAGCCGGCUUUCUACCACGGACACGUCUCCUUCCUGGACUUCACCAAGUUUGGGGUGAAGAGGAAGCCCAUCUACAUAAAUGUAAUCCGGGACCCCAUCGAAAGGCUGGUGUCCUAUUAUUAUUUUUUGCGUUUUGGGGAUGACUACCGGCCCGGCUUGAGACGCAGGAAACAAGGAGACAAGAAGACAUUUGAUGAAUGUGUAUCAGCCGGCGGCUCAGACUGUGCCCCUGAGAAACUCUGGCUACAGAUUCCCUUUUUCUGUGGUCACUAUUCUGAAUGCUGGAACGUGGGCAGCCAGUGGGCUCUGGAGCAGGCAAAAUACAACCUGGUGAAUGAAUACAUGCUGGUCGGAGUAACAGAAGAGCUGGAGGACUUUGUCAUGAUGCUGGAGGCCGCACUGCCACGCUUCUUCAAAGGGGCCACUGAGUUAUACAAAACAGGGAAGAAAUCCCACCUGAGGAAGACCAGCGAGAAGAAGCCGCCCACAAAGGAGUCGAUCGCCAAGCUACAGCAGUCGGGUUUCUGGAAGAUGGAGAACGAGUUCUAUGAGUUUGCACUGGAGCAGUUCCAGUUUGUCAGGGCACACGCUGUCAGAGAAAAGGACGGGGAGCUGUACCUACUUGCACAAAACUUCUUCUACGAGAAAAUCUACCCCAAAAACUAAACAGACACGUGUUGGUAGAAGAGGAGAGGACACUUGGUAGAGGCUCCGAUGUGCAGUCUGAGAUGAAAAACGAUAGGUAAAGUGUGACUAAUAGACUGCUGGUGACCGCUGGUUUGUACGUGCGACUGAGAACAUAAUGGGGAGCUGCAGAACAAUCCGCCUCUGACGCAGCGAGGAGGAGCUCGUGUUCCCCCCCCAGGCCUACACUCCCAUUCACCUCCAUUUAAAAAGGCACAUGUUCGGAGACAGCGUGUCCAACAGCUGGUCAGACCUCGACUCCUGAUUGGCCUCACUGUUCUCCGAUCCAGACAUUUUCAUCGGCUCUGUACUGUUUGGUUGUGUUUGGUUGUAUUUUAACUCUUUACUAUGGUUGUCUUAUGUAUGUGGUGAAAAAACAUCCUCAUGCCUCACCACUACUACUAACUUAAAGAGAUUUUAAGCGUAAGAAACUCACUACUGUGCUGUAUUAUUGGACUUGAAUGAGAACUUUCAAGGUUUUUAUGAAAUAAAUACCCUGUCACCAUGGACUAUUUAGUGGGGCAAGUGCGUAUGUUUUAUACUUUACUUGAUGUGUUUUGUUAGAUGACUCAUAAAUGUGCAGCUUUGCCCAGAGGCUUUUCCUCUGUAAGGAAGGAAGCAUUUCCACAUGAUGUUAUGAAGUGUGUAAGAACACUUACACAGGUGAAGAUGCUGCUGCUGUAAAUAUUAAUGUCCAUUUCAUUCACAGAUUUGCUACAAUAUAAAAUCAACUUGUUUUUACUGUUAACACCCUUUUAAAAUUAUAGUCUGUUCAAUUGAUCAGUUUAUACAUUUCUUUCAACUCUUUUACUUCACUUUUUAGCCUGCAUUUUAUUUUUUGUCAUGUUCUUUUCAUUGUAGAACCAGUUAAACAUGCGUAUCCACUGAUAUGUUACUCUGCUGCUUAAAGGAAUAUUCCAACAAUU